AUGUCUGAGGACAGACCGGUCCAAGGACGUCUCAACUUCGACGAUCUCGAUAGUCCCCAGGCGAUGCCACCGAUAGCUCGUGCCGAACGAGCACAUUGCCGCGCACUGGGUCAAGUGGAUAGUGAGCUGCGCAAUCAGCCGCACACUCCGCCUGGGUCACCUGAACAACGGGCAAUGCCAAGGCGAAUGGGUACGCCAGAGAGCUACCAAGGCUUGUUUACACCUGAGCAUGCAUCGCGAACGACACCGUCAUCACGAUCCUCGCCGAUAUCAGACAGCGAUAUGGCUGACAUGCUGAUAGACCGACUGGAGGAAGCCAUGACCGUGAUACGCAUGCAAAAGAAGCUGCUGAAGGAGCAGAGACUUGCUGCUAUCCAGCGAGAAGCAGCGCUCAAACGAGAGCACGACGUCAAACAAAGACAAGCCGCCGAAGCUGAAGAGAAAGAGGCCGCUACAGAGCAACGACCUCGCACUGAAACUGGAGGUGCCGAUGUGGAACGCAGUCUACAGUCACAGACGCGACGCUACCCGUGGGGGCGGACUCGCAGCACGGGCAGCAAUUAA